UGACUAAUAAGAGGCCGCCUGAGGGAGGUGGCGGCGAGUGCGUGGUCUGUCCUUUUUCGCUUGCAGCCUCUGCUGUCUCGCGGUCUCUCAGACAGCCGGUUGGAGCGAGCGCUAUGGCCAGCUACAGCGUGGAGCAACGCGGCUGCCCCAACAGCCUCGAGUACAUGCUUUUCUACAAAAAUGACAAAGGACAAUACAUUUCUCCGUUCCAUGACAUUCCAAUACAUCCAGAUGGUUGCCAGGAUAGGUUCAACAUGGUUGUGGAAAUACCUCGAUGGACCAGUGCUAAGAUGGAGAUUGCAACCAAAGAUCCUCUCAACCCUAUUAAGCAGGAUGUGAAGAAAGGAAAGCUGCGUUAUGUUGCUAAUUGUUUUCCCCACAAGGGUUACAUUUGGAAUUAUGGUGCUAUUCCACAGACAUGGGAAGAUCCACACCAUAAAGAUGAAAAUACUGGCUGUUGUGGAGAUAAUGAUCCAAUUGAUGUUUGUGAAAUUGGAAACAAGGCAUGUAGCAGAGGAGAAAUCAUUCAAGUGAAAGUUCUGGGUACGCUGGCAAUGAUUGAUGAGGGUGAAACAGACUGGAAGGUCAUUGUGAUCAAUAUUGAAGACCCUGAAGCUGCUAAUUUUAAUAAUAUUGAUGAUGUUAGGAAGCAUAAGCCUGGAUAUCUGGAAGCUACAGAGGAUUGGUUUAGAAGAUACAAAGUACCUGACGGGAAACCAGAAAACCAAUUUGCAUUCAAUGGAGAAUUUAAAGACAAGGGUUAUGCAACUGCUAUUAUUGAAGAGACCCAUGGUUUCUGGAAGGCUCUAGUAACUAAAAAAACAGAUAGAGGCAUUUGCUGCACAAAUACGACUUUGUCAGGCAGUCCUUACUAUUGCAGUCAAGCAUCUGCUGAAGCUAUUGUGGCAGUGGCACCUCCCUGUGGGCCUCCAAAUCCAACACCAACUGAAGUGGACAGGUGGUUUUUCUGCAACAAAAAGUGAUGAAAUCACAUUAUGGAGUAGUUGCUGUCUUAUCAUCAGGAUACAUGCUUGCUGAACCAGAUGAGAACUGAAAACUUCAAUCUCAAGAGCAGCUCUGUUUUGGAAUAAGAAACAGUUUAUUAUGAUACAACAGAUUUUGCUUACCCACCAGUAAAUGUGUACUUAAAAUAUAUGCUCAAAAUAUAUCAAGUUCCUUGAGUCUGAGCAGUUCUUGUAUAAAACACUAGCUUGACCAUUUUCAAAUCUACUUGUACAUCAUGGCAUUCUCUGUUGCAGAACCAAAUUGUGUGUAGAUAUCCAUAUUUGUUGCUUACAAAGAUUUUUUUCCUGAAUCUAA